ACCCUUCACUCUCUCUCUAUAUAUAGUCUUUUCCUUGCCUCAACUUAAUCUGUUACUUUUUAUCUCACAAAGAACCUGAUUCUCUGAACACGAGGCAGGAAUUACUUUUCUCCCUCUUCUUUAUUUUGUUUUUGUAGAGAUAGUUCAGAGGCACAGUCUCAUUCUCAUUGCUGUGUAGCUUUUUCCCAACUCUACUUUUACUGGGUCUGAACCUUAAACACUCAUCAGUUGUUCCUUGUGGUUGUGGUUGUGAUUGUGAUUAUGAUUUUGGUCUGCCUAUAGCCAAAGAUAUGGACAAAGGUAGAGACGCCACGCCCACCAAGAUGUGUGAAUUUUCAAACGCCAAAGGACACAUUAACAAACAACAAUCUCAGUCUCAAUCUGCUUCUUCCUGGAGACGCAACCUCACUCCUCUCAGUAGUGGUUUGAAUGCCAGCAGUGAGUAUUCUGAGAAAUCAAAGAAGGAGAAGGUGAGAAGCCUGAGUGCCGUUGCCAAAGCAUUAUCAAUGGGUUGCCGUGUCUCUCACUCUCCAAAACCAACCAAGAAAUUUAAGUUUCCCAGAAAGUUUCCGAAGGUCGGCAAUGGCGUGGAUCAUGCCUCUGUUCCGCGGAAGAUACGUUCAGCUGUGAAGAAACGGGGUCGCGAAUCUAUCUCUGGGGAUUCAGAAAAGGUGAACCAUAAUAUGAAUGGAAUGGAAUCUCCCCAAAAAGAUGGCAUAAAGAAACCCAAAAAACAAAGAAGCCCGUGCUGGUCCACGAGGCAAGUUUUGCCCGGGCCCAUAACUAAAGAUGAGGAAGAGGUUGCGGAGACUCUCUAUGCCUUGGCUGGAAUGCUACCAGAUAAUGGCUCUAAUGCUAAGAGUGAACCAGACAGUGAAUCUCUACCAGAAAACUCUACGGUUUUGCAGGACCAUGAGGAGAGUCAGAGUGCCAAUGUUACUGUUGAAGCCUCGGGAGCCACUGCGGACGAGGCAAAAAGAUCACCUAAGGGCUGUAAAAAACUCAGUUCUUUGAGUGAAACCAUUGGUCAUGAACAGACUGAUUUUCCUGAUAGUGCCAACUUCUCGGUGGCUGCUACUCAAAGCACUGUUCCAAAAGUAAAUCUGCAGUCUGUGUCGAUGGUUAAGAGUGAUAGUGGCGGCAGAGUUGCAUUGCAUGACUCUGAACUGUCUCUGGACAUGGGAUUAAACGUACCCAUACAGCCACAGAUUUCACAUAUUGGGAGGAAAUCAAACGUGGAAUAUCAGACGGUUGGAACCGUUGAUUGCAAGCAAGAACAACAUAUGGUCAAGUACCAAAAAGAAACUGAAAGCCCAACAUGGUGGCCAAGCCUGUCUCCCACUGCACCAACUGGAAUUGUUGCUUCUUAUUUGCAGUCUUCUGCUGCUAAAACUCUAGAAUGGCUGAAUACUGCAAUUGGUACCUCGAAACAGGAUUUGAUGGAAAUUUGUUCUUCUGGUGAAAAGAUUUCCGAAAUUGUUACUCAAGAAAAAAAAUCAAGGAAGAGGUGUGCAUCUCAUGUUCACAUCAGUCAUCUCAUCCAUAGCUUAGAAGUGUCAAGACGACUGGCGGGCAAAGGACAUGAGCUUUAUGAAAGUCAUCAAGCGAGAGUAACCGAAGGGUCAAACUGUGGGGUUAUAAUGGAAGCACACAACUUGAAUUGGACGAAAAGUGGAAAUAGUAAUGCCGCUGGAACAGUUCAUUCUGCUACUAUGAGUAAUUCACAUGAAACUAAGAAUGGUAUCCUUCAACAUGGCCUUUAUCGCGAUAUUUCUCAGGCUCCUUCAACAUCUGGGGUGCAUGGUCCUCAAAAACAGGGUUUCAACUUCUUGUCCUUGUCAACUGGUGGUAAUGAGUUAAAGGUCAACGAAAGUUUUAAUAAAGGUGAAAGUAAGUUGGAACCAUAUUCAAAAUCGCAAGUGCCUUAUUUUCAAUCGCCACAACAGCAGCAUGGCCUCAUGCCUUUUCAAAGUCCGUAUGCUUCAAAUUUCAUGGAGCAUCUUCCUCUUGUAGGACCACAGGUCCGGUUGCAGCAGCAGCCUCAUUAUUAUGGUACCCCGUUACGUGGAACACAUUAUAGUUCGACACUUUCCUAUAAACAACAGCACCAAAGUUUUUGGGCGGUGCAGCUUGCAUCUCAAGGUGGGUCUUCUGUAAAUUGCAGCAUUCUGAGGGCCCAAUAUCCUAAUUGGCAAAGUGGUGGAUAUGAAUCUUCUGUAGCGAAUCCUUGUCCCCAAGUAAUCCUUCCCCAUUCCACUGCAUCCUUUGAAGCACUUGGAACCAAGAUCUCUUCAAUCUCUGAGCAGCAACACCUCUUCACCCUUGCUUCAUCAAUAUCCAGAGCAAAUGGCCAAGACAUUCAUCUUGCCUCUUCUGUAUGAGAAGAAAUUAAAGGUAGAUUGAUUACGCAACAAUAGUUAUGUGAUGAGCGCUUUUGAAAUCGAACACAAAAAACAAAUAAGGCAUAGAAAUAUACUACUGUUUCAUUCUUGUCUUUGUGCAUGCGCUGGUCUUUUGUGCUACUGUUACGUCUGUCACGUUAAUCGACGUGACACAGGACUUGCCAUGUUAUAUAGGUCAGCUUUGAUUACCUCUUUGGUAAAAUCAGGGGGAACACAGGUAAAUAUUUAGCUAAAUCUGACAUCUAUUGCCCUGUUCUUGUCAUCAAGUAAAUGCCUUGUUUAUCAGUGUAUUUCAAAGUUUUCCAUUGUUUAAAAGAAAAUACUUAGUCUGUAUAAAUUUAGGCUGAAUUAUCUUCAUUUAUUAUUUUAACUUUUUUUCUUUUA